CGCUUUUUUCAAAGAAAUUCUUUCAGGAAAUGUUAUGCUGAACUCGUGGCCAAUUAAUUGGAUGGUGAUUAUAAGUUUCAAGUAAACAACAACAACCAAAAAAUGCCCGUGACCGAAGUAAAUGUUUUGAAUUUGUUUUCCGAAUUGAAAAAAUUCGAAAACACCGGUGAAUAUGAUCGUGCAUUGAAGGUAGUUAAUAAAAUUUUGGAAGUUGAUCCAAAUCAUUCAAAAGCAAUUCAUUGUAAAAUUGUUUGCCUAAUUCAAUUGAAUGAAUUUGAAGAGGCAUUAAAAUAUAUUGAAAGUCAAAAUGAAGAAAUACGUAAAAAUUUCCACUUAGAACAAGCAUAUUGUCAAUAUCGUUUGAAUAAUGUUGAAGAAUCACUAAAAUGUUUGAAUGGGAAAGAUGUUUCCGAUGAUUUAGGAGCGAAUGAAUUAAAAGCACAAACAUUAUAUCGAAUUGAAAAUUUUGAUGAUUGUUAUUCAUCAUAUGUUGAUUUGAUUAAAAAUUCCAAUGAUGAUUAUGAAGAUGAACGUAUGGUGAAUUUGGCUGCAGUUAUUGUUGGAUUGAAAAAUAUUAAUUCAAAUAUUAAAUAUGAUUUGGCUAGCAUAUCGAAUUCUACCUAUGAAGUUAUCUAUAAUAAAGCCUGUGCAUUAGUUGCUAUUGAACAGUAUACAAAAGCAAUUGCUAAACUACAGGAUGCUGAGAUGGUUUGUAAAAAAUUUUUAGAAGAUGAUGGUGCAACUGAAGAAGAAAUUCAAUCCGAAUUGGCUAUUAUACAUGCACAGAUUGCCUAUUGUAAUCAACGUAUGGGAAAAACUGAUCAAGCAUUGAAAACUUAUAAUGAAAUUCUUAAACAAAAAUUAUCCGAUCCAGCAUUGAUUGCUGUCAUUUCGAAUAAUAUUGUUGCCAUUCAUCGUGAUCAAAAUCUAUUUGAUUCGAAGAAAAAAAUUCGUAUGGCAUUAAGUGAAAAUGCUGAAUCAAAAAUGAGUUCCAAUCAAAAAGUUAAUAUUCAUUAUAAUUAUUGUUUGUUUAUGAUCAAUACACAUCAAUAUGAUUUAUGUCAUAAACAUUUGCCAAUUUUUCGUUCCAAAUUUCCGAAUAAUGAAGCUGAUGCCGUUUUGAUCGAAGCGUAUCUGUAUAUUAAAGAAAAAAAUCAAUCAAAAGCUAUUGAUACAUUGAAAAAUUAUUGUCUUUCAUGCAAAAAUCCAACGGUGAUUGAUUUAGAAGCUGCAUUAUUUUUAACCGAACUUUUGCUUAAACAAAAUGAUUUGGAUGGUUGUGCAAAAGUUUUGGAAAAUCUAGGUGAAUUUCGAUUUUCAAGAUUGGCUAUUGUUUCGAUUUUGUUACAAAUUUAUGAAAAAACAAUGAAAAUUGAAGAGGCUGAAAAAUUGUUCGAUCAUUGUAUUGAUUGGCAUGAAAAGCACAAGAGCUCUAAGGCAAUUUUAAUUUCAUUGUAUAAUGAAGCGGCAAAAUUUUACCUGAAUCAAAACAAACCUCAAGCAUCAGUCAGAUAUUUGGAAAAAAUUGUCAAAUUACAAGGAAAAAAUCCAAAAAUUAUUUCCAUGCUCAUUAAUGCUUAUUCAUUGUUUGAUGUUCAAAAAGCAAAAAGUUUACAAAAAGAAUUGCCAUCAAUUGAAGAAAUUUUAAAUUCAGUCGAUAUUGACCAAUUAGAGAAUAAAAAUUGGUCAUUAGGUGUUAAAUAUGUGAAAAAAGUAAAAGAUACACCGAAAACUUUGACUAAGGAAAAACGAAAGAAAACAAAACGUCGAAAGAUUUUACCAAAAAAUUAUGAUCCAAAUGGACCACCACCAGACCCUGAACGUUGGUUACCCAAAUAUGAACGUUCAAAUUAUCGAAAGAAAAAAGAUAAAAAAGGUGUUGGCAAAGGAACACAAGGUGCUGUUGGUGAUAUGCCCGAAAUUAAACCAUCACCUAAACCGACUGUUCAAUCACCAUUGGGACCAAGACAACAACGUCCAACACAGAAAAAGAAGAAAAAAGUUGGUCGUAAAUAAUAAUGAAUACCAUCAGAGCUUGAAUUGAACAUUUUAUUAAUAU